CAAUGAUGUAACAAGUCAGGAAGGGUGGGGUCGACCUCACUUCCCCCGCAUGGCUGCUCACAUGGUAAACAACAUCCAGCCCACUUUGAUCCAUGGUCCAAUGUAUUGCAAUUUCGUAGAAUUGUUGUAAUUUCUACUCGGCUCUGAGCCUCUGGAUACGUCAAUCUGGACACCUCACAUACGCGAUCAAGAUGCCUGACAAGAUUCUUGACGACAUCUCCCAUCGGAGGUACAAUCCUUUGACUGGCACAUGGCUCCUCGUCUCGCCGCAUCGCACAAAACGACCCUGGCAAGGUCAGCAGGAAGCGCCUUCCAAGAGCGAGCUUCCACAGUAUGACCCGUCUUGCUAUCUCUGCCCAGGGAAUACACGCGCCCAGGGCGACAGCAACCCGAAAUACGAGAAGACAUUUGUCUUUGUCAACGACUACAGCGCCGUCAAGGAGACACAGGCACACUAUGCGCCAGAGGAAAAGACCGAUGAUGUUGCCUCGCUCCUCCUCAAGGCGGACGCUGCCACUGGCCGUUGCUAUGUGUUGACAUUCUCGGCCGUGCACAAUGUCACCCUGGCCGACAUGAAGCCCCAAGAAAUCGUCCCCGUAAUUGAUCUCUGGACGGAUCUCUACGCCUCGCACGUUUGUCCGACUAGCCCCUUGGGUACGGCUGCCGCUACCGUGCGUCAGAAACUCUCGAUAGUCCCCGAGUGCCAAAUGUCGCAGCCAUCGCAACAACUACGAUACAUGACGAUAUUUGAGAACAAGGGAGCUGCGAUGGGUUGCUCGAACCCCCACCCCCAUUGUCAAAUAUGGACGACGUCGAGCUUGCCAGAGGAACCAGGCAAGGAAUUGGAUCAAAUGUCCAAGUACCGUCGGGAACAUGGACGUCAUAUGCUUGGUGACUACGUCAAGUUGGAGAUCGAGAAGGGCGAGCGUGUCGUUUGGCAGAACGACAGCUUCUUGAUUGUUUGUCCGUGGUGGGCAGUUUGGCCUUUCGAGGUUCUGGUCCUUGCGAAGCGACAUGUUCGGGCCUUGGUGGAUCUGUCGACCGACGAGAGGCUUCAUUUUGCUGAGGCCAUCCAGGAAGUCACUCGGCGAUAUGACAACUUGUUCGAGACAAACUUCCCAUACAGCUCUGGAAUACACCAGGCGCCCAUUGACUGCAGUGAAGAAGAGGCCGAGAGCAGCUGGUUCCACAUGCAUUUCUACCCGCCGCUGCUUCGCUCAGCUACCGUGAAGAAGUUCCUUGUUGGAUAUGAGCUUUUGGCCGAGCCUCAACGCGACAUUACCCCUGAACAAGCCGCGGCUCGUUUGAGGGCCUGCGGCGGAGAGCUGUACCGCAACUCUCUAUAAUUAGACACUAAUUAGGGCUUCGAAGCUCUGAAACUUUCAGACCAAAGGGUGGUUUUAUACAAUGCUGUGCUAACCCCAACGCUCUAAGCGCUCAGCCAUACGAUUUGAGGAUCAUUUCAUGGAGCGUGCGCUCUUCCGCCAUAGUGUCUUCUUUUCAAUCAAAUCACCUGAACAAUGGCAGGGUGAAAGGGCCGACGUAGUGAGUGUACUGCAGAGUCAUCCAGAUAAAUCCAGUCGACCCGGCAAAGAUCGGGAAGAGAACGGGAACACUCGGGCGGCAUGUCUUGAAGACGAGAAGCUCGGAAAGAAAGUGUCCACCGGCGAGGAAGUGCGUAAGAACAGAGAGCUGGUAUAGAGCCGGGUUGGAAACGUCGUAGGCGGUAUACAGACGCACAACGCCGGUGAUGAGCGUCCACACCGCAAACAAACGGGCUGCAAGGGGGGUGAGCUGGUCGUUGGCCUUCUCAACGUCCUUGCCGGUGCUCGAUGCAGGGACGAGCUUGUUGAUGCUGUCCUCGGGGUUGUGCCUUGGGUUUUCAUCGGUACGCUCCUUGCGCUUCAGCGCGGGGUUUGACACGAAAAGGCCAUUGUAGAUACGCCGGCUGUAGUGAAGAGUGGUGAAGUUCUGCAAGGCGUUGCCGAUAGCGAGAACGGAAACCUGGCCAAGAAUAUCAUUAGUCUUCACUCUGGGCCAUCAAAAUAUUCGAGAUGCUGGCAAGCCAAAGUCCAAUAUAGGCUAGAUUGUCUGUCUCUAGCUUGCAGUUGGACUACAAGUUGGGCUGAACCUACCAACAUCAGAUACGCGGGCAGGAGCCCAUUGUCAAGUGGGGGCAUGAGGUUGCUGAGAGAAGCCAUCGUUGCUGUAACAGGGCAAAGAAAGACUCCAAAGAAAGAUCUG